AGAUCUGACACCAACAUGGAAAUACUUUGUCUGUUUUUGCUGUUUCAGAGAAGCCUUCAGCUCUGGUGUGAUAAAAGCCAGAUCACAGCUCAUGUAGGAGGAGAGUUUACGAUUGCCUGUCAGUACGACACCAGCAGGUACCUGCUGAGUAAAAAGUACUGGUGCAGAGGCUCCUCCAGGAGAACCUGUGAGGUUUUACUGGAUUCAGACGGCGUUACCAAAGGUUCCUACACACACAGGUCUCACAUUGUUGAUGCCAGAAGAAGAGGUUUGUUUGUGAAGGUCACACAGCUCCAGACUCAGGACAGUGGAGAGUACUGGAUUGGAAUUGAUAAAAUAUAUGCUGACAUCAUGACUUCAGUCACUCUGAAGGUUACUAAAGGUAAGAAGACACGUUAUCUCGGCCACUUUACUAAGUAUACCUCGACUACUGGAGGUUCUGGUCCAUACUGGCAUGGCAGCAUCAGCUUGAUCCAUGAUGAGAACCUCCUGUUCCACCAUAUCCCAAAUGUUGUGGACUGGACUGAGAUCUGCUUCAGUUUCCUGUUCUUUGCUGACAAGAGAGUCACCUGGUGUGUUCUUCUGCUGCUGGAGUCCAUCUGGAGCAGCUGCUGGGGCUCUCAGAUGCUUGGUAUAAACCAGUCUACAGUAUCAAAUGCUUUUGCAAAAUCAAUAGAAAGUGCAAGACAGCAUUGCUUAUUGUCAAGAGCUUCUUUGCUGACGUCUCAUGUCUUUGUGCCAGUUCCAGUCUCCAAACCCAGACUUUGGCCCUUGACCUCCCUGGUGGACAGACAGACGUGUUGGGGAGAAUCAGUAAUUGUGCGCUGUGAAUCUACAAAAGGCACAGACAUUUCCUAUGCCUGGUAUCAGCGUGUUCUCCAUGAGGACGUCCUGCAUUGUCAUUCUCCAUAUUUGAGCCUACACUGCAGCACGGUGACCAGCAGCACAGAUUACUUCUGUUCUGCCAGCAACAGCGUGGGCAGCGAGCAGAGCGACGUCCUGUCUGUGCAAGUCCUGGUGUCUGCAAACGGCAACUGCAUCUAUGCUGUUAACAUCCCAGGUGAGAGAUGCUUUUUAGGACUCAUCAAACCUCUGGCUUCAUGGUACCACAUGAUGCUGAGGUGUGAUGAUAUGAAAGCAUCAGCAUCAAACAUGUCUAGUUUAUCAGUGGAGAAAGCAGGAAGAGCAGCUACGACGGACUCAUGUUUUGUGGCUCUGGGCUCUGACUUCCUCUUGUUCCUAACUGACUCACAGCUCUUGUGUCAUUCCUCCUUUGACCAGCCUAUCUAUAACUGUCUGGACAGAAUGACCUCGACCACAGCUGAGACUCCGCCUCCUACAACCUGCAGAGAUGCCACAGAACUCCCCUCCAUCACCACAGAUCUGUUCAUACAAGCCAAUCAGACACAUCACAGUGUGUUCCUCAGCAGGACAUGGACUGGGGUCCCUCUUUGGUACACACUGCUGCGUUGGAGUUUGUUUGCGUCCUUACUCAUGGCUCUGUGUGUCGUUCUCAGAUGUUCUAAAAGAAGACUCAGAAAACACAACAGGAGGAGGAAAAAGUCUUCUGGUGGUUCUAAUAUUACCAAACUUCUCCGACAACAUUUCAAGAUGUGCAAAGACUUUGCAUCAUUGCACUAUUACUGCAACAAUACCCCGCCUCACAGUCUUCGGGCAAACACCCCGGACAGGUUGCCGGUCCAUCGCAGGGCAACACAGAGACACACAAGACACACAACCAAUCACACACUCACUCUUAAGGACUAUUUUAGCAAGACCAAUCAACCUGACUGUAGCACGGUAAAGGACCAGACUGGGACGUUACUCGAGGUGAAUCGUAAGCUGGACAGCGUUCUAGCUGCGUUAUGGAUUUUCUUAAAGAAGACACCAAAACACAACAGGAGGACUUUUGACCCUAACGGUCAUCUGUCGGCACUUGAACACAAAAGUAAUGCUUGCUUGAUAUCAUUUAGUGUGGUAGAAAAUUUUCCGGUAUCUUCUAUAAUCGCCUGGGAUCGGAAGUGUUCUGAGGCUGAGAAGAAGAAUAUGCAAAUAAGAUGUGCUCAAGAAAAGGCCAACAGCAGCAUCCCUUUUCUAGAGGACUUUUACACUGCCAGAUAUCCUAUUCCAUCAGCUGGAGCCCGGGCCUCUUUGCAGCUCGGAACACAUGUGACCCGGAAAACAUCUCUGGACAGAAGGGUCGGUGCUGCGGGCAUUCUACAACCUCAGUGCCAGAGAUUAACUGUGUCAGAUCCGGCCAUGGGUGUCACUGCCCUCUUGCUACUGAGCUUUCUUGGCCUUGCUAUUAUAGCUCAAGCUCAAGACUGCUCUAAACCAAUUGGAGGGCCUAACAUGUAUUUGAAGGGAGAUGCCAUUCUGCAAAACACAUUUCCAGAUGGCUCCAAAGUUUCUUUCUCCUGUAACACUGGCUACACACCUGCUGGAGGGUCUUCAUCCAUCACUUGUACUGCUGGGACUUGGAGUCGUUUGUCGCUGGUUUGCGAGAGGGAGAACUGUGGAGCUUAUCCUGAAGUGGAAAACGGGAACGUUGAUUACCCUAAGGGAGACACUCUGUAUGGUGACACGGCUAAAGUCAUUUGUAAUCAAGGUUACGAAAGCAAAACUCAAACUGUUAAUAAAGAAUUUUGGAACCGUGUGGUCGAAACUUUACUGACAUCUUCCAUAACCAUCUGCAAUCGGAGGUGUUCCGAGGCUGAGAAGAAGGCUAUGCAAAUUUUCUGUAGAGGUGAACACCCAGUCAGCUUAUUAUAUGAUACAUUGGCUUUCCUUACUGGCGACGAUCUCUGCGACUUCUUUGGACCGCACCCACUUCCGGGCAGCAGCGAGCUAACCGUGGAGGUUACCACCAGUGAGUCUUCGCGUGUAGUUGAGAGAUUAACUGUGUCAGAUCCGGCCAUGGGUGUCACUGCCCUCUUGCUACUGAGCUUUCUUGGCCUUGCUAUUAUAGCUCAAGCUCAAGACUGCUCUAAACCAAUUGGAGGGCCUAACAUGUAUUUGAAGGGAGAUGCCAUUCUGCAAAACACAUUUCCAGAUGGCUCCAAAGUUUCUUUCUCCUGUAACACUGGCUACACACCUGCUGGAGGGUCUUCAUCCAUCACUUGUACUGCUGGGACUUGGAGUCGUGUGUCGCUGGUUUGCGAGAGGAAGAACUGUGGAGCUUAUCCUGAAGUGGAAAACGGGAACGUUGAUUACCCUAAGGGAGACACUCUGUAUGGUGACACGGCUAAAGUCAUUUGUAAUCAAGGUUAUAAUUUGGUUGGUCAGGCAGAAAGCAGAUGUGACGAUCAAGGGUGGACUGGCAGGCCUCCUGUGUGUGAAGUGAUGACAUGUGACACACCUAAAACAAUUACAAAUGGCACCUAUGAUCCACUAAAAGAGCAAUACACAUUUAGAGACGUUGUGCGCUACACUUGUUUAAAUGAUAACGCUCUCAAUGGAGCGCCACUACUCACAUGUUCUGAAGAUGGAAACUUCCAGCCAGGUCCUCCAACCUGUGUCUGGGUUGAUUGUAAAAAUCCUACCAUUCCCAAUGCUGAGUUUGUUGAAGGUUCUCGGCCUCCACAUAGAUUCUCUGCUUCAAUCACGUACAGAUGUUUACCUGGAUUUGAGAUGAAGGGAGCAUCUACCAUAACGUGUAACAUUACCAGCCAGUGGUCACCUGGAAUCCCACAGUGCAUCAAAAAAACACCAGCAACCUCCAGGCCCACCACCACUACCACCACCACAAAGAAACCAUCAGUUACCACCGACCCAAAAGACCCCUCUGGUGAUGCGCAUCAAACCAAACCCUGGAUUAUUGGAGUGGUUGUUGUUGCUGUAUUGGUGGUUGUGGCCGGUGUUAUAUCCUAUUGCACUGGAUUUCCAUCGUUCCUCUGGAAGAAAAAAGGUAAUGUUGACUGGCCAUUGGUGGGUUACAGCGCCACCCAGAGAGACAAAGAUGCUGCAAAAGAUGAAGAGGCUGUAGCGCUCUCGGGUCUCGGGGGGGCUGGUGCCUUGCAGUCUCUGGGCAAGCAGGUGGGUUACACCCUGGACAGAUUGCCAGUCCAUAUCAGGGGAGAAAAUGCAAACUCCAUGCAGAAAGACCCCAGGCUGGGGGGUGGGAGCCCAGACCUUGCUGCAAGAUUAGCAAGAGAGCCAGCUGUGUCCAGACUGUCCUUCAUGAAGCUCGGAAAGAUCAAGUUGCAUGGAAUGACCAAUUAUAAACGUUUCUUGGCCGAUCUCAUCCACUCACAAAACAAUGGGUCAAUGUUAACCAUCAAGCUGAUUAACGCCGCCCAGAGAGACAGAGAUGCUGCUGAAGAUGAAGAGGCUGUAGCGCUCUCAAGCAGAGUCUGUAAUAAACAGUUAGCUUUAGCAAUGGCCAUCAUACAACAGAACAAGAGACGGUCCUCUAUCCUCUGUUGGCUCAUGAAGUAUCAGGUCUACGCUGGUGGCGGCAGCGCGCCCAUUAUUCCACUGUUUCGUGUAAAAGAAGCAGAUGUCAUCAUAACCAUAGAAGAAGAAAAAACGGAAAAAGAAGUAAAUAUUGCCACAACAAUAGAAGACUGCAAGCUGUGGGAGAGAUUGUUGGUGCUGAUUGUUGUAGCCCAGCUGGAGUUAGAUUAUUAUGAGCUCGAGUUUAGUUGGCAGGAGAACCUGCUGCCACCACGUCACUGUGUCAGAUCCAUCAUGAGUCUCACUGCCUUCUUCCUGCUGAGCUUUGCUGCUGCUGCUCAAGGGUUUAACUGUGGCCCUCUCCCAGAGCUGGCCCAUGGGAACAUUGACUACCCCAGUGGGAUUGAGACCGAUGCUAAAGCUGUGCUCACUUGUAAAACAGGUUUCAACUUAGUUGGUGGUCCGAACGAGAUCAUGUGUGGAGACCAAGGCUGGUUGAGCAGGUUGCCUGUGUGUGAAGCGGUCACAUGUUCACCACCAGCAGAUGUUGUAAAUGGCGGCUUCAGUCCCCAAAGAGAAGUCUACAAGUUCCAAGAUGCUGUGUUGUUCUCCUGUAAGAAAGGCUUUACGCUUAGUGGACAUGAACUAGUGACGUGCUCUGAACAGGGAACGUUCUCUCCCGCUCCGCCAACAUGUGUCUUGGUUGAAUGUGAAGACCCUGUGAUUCCAAAUGCUGAGUUUGUUGGUGGUUCUCGACCUCCACAUGAAUACUUAGCAACAGUGGAGUACCGCUGUAAAGCAGGCUUCACAAUGAUUGGAUCAUCUUCUCUGAAAUGUGGGAUGAAUAAUCGGUGGUCUCCUGAAAUCCCAAAAUGCUCCAGCAGUGGACAUGGUCUCGUGGGGGGUGUGGUCGGCGGGCUGGUAAGCAUCGCGGUCCUGGUGGUCCAGUUCUUCUGGAUGUAGACACGUCUUCCUUAGAGGAGGAACAUCUCGGGCCAACCUGACGAUGCUCUGUGGAGUUUAUGCACUUUUUUAGAAAUGAGCUUGAGAUGACAACUGAGACUUGCAUCAACACAACUCAGUCCCAUUAUUAUUUUGAGCAGAGCUUUGCUGCUUAGCCACUUCCUGAGGAUUUCCGUGGGGAUGUUUUAAAUUCUAACCCACAGCUAGGCCUUCUAAUGCUGUUGUAUAGAGAGACUUAACGUUUCGAUCUAUGAAUGUAUAUAUUUGCUGUGAAAUUGAUGUUUUUCAUUUCAAACUUUGUACAUGCAAGCUAACCAGAAAGUAUUGACUUGUGUAACUAAAACGGAAGCGCUGCGUGAUUCAGUGUUGUUUUGUAUAACAGAGGCUCAGUUUGAAAGGAAGUAGGAGGAUCUGAACCAAUGAUGCCAAAACAAAUGAUGUAUUUUAAAUGCCUUCAUGCAAAAGCCACGAGCUUCAGCUUGUUGUACGUCAGACGUUUGCUUAUGUGUGGGCUUUUUAGAUGGUAUUGUAAUAGUUGGAAGGUUUUAGUGGGAAUUUUCUGUGUGAUACCAAUACCUGUGCUUUAAAUAACUAAUUGUAAACUAAUCUCAAGUUUCAUAAACCACCAACUAAUCAAAAGAUGUAGAAUAGUGGCGCAGAGCCCUGCUGAUUGUGUUCAGAUGAAUCUCUGAUCCAUGCUCUGGCUCAGAUUUUUAUUUAUGAAACAAACAUUUCAGAGGAACCCAUCAUUUAUGUCAUUCUGAGCACGUAUUAAUUGUGUAUAUUGGCUUUUUUUUUAACAAUUUGCUCAUUAAAGUAAAUCUAGAGAACAAAA